AUGUCAUCACUACAAAACUACCUUUCCAAAUAUACCAUUGGUACUAAAAGUCGAAAGAAAAGGAAGCGCAUCGAUGAUGUUAAAGAGGAUGUCGACGAAUAUAUAGACGCUGACGCUGACAUCGAUGACUUGAUUGAUAAGUCUUCAGUUACCAGACCCAAAGGUAGUUGGAAGAGUGUCGAAACUAAAGAAACGGUUGCAGUUCUCCCAAAAUUGAAGGGAGAUGGAAGUUAUGCAGGAUUCCAGACUAAGGAUCAAUCAGAACGAAGCAAUGAGGCCGAGGUUAAAACUAUUUACAGAGACCUUUCAGGCCAGAAAAUUGAUUCUAGGGACGAAAAAUUGCAAUCUAAUAAGAAAGAUAAACCUACAGAGAAGGCUGAGAGGAAAGAACAGCUACAAAAUGUCAACAGAAGUGAAGCUGAUGUAGUGAGAAAGCUACAAGAGCUAGCCAGACUUAAAAAAGUCAAGCAUGAAGGGUUGAAUUUGUAUGAGAAUAACUCCGAAUUGAACAAGAAGAAGAAAAAAGACGUCAAGCAAGAAGAUCCGGCUCUUCUAUUUGACAAGACCAUUAAAAAUGACUACAAUAAGACUCGAUCGGCUCGUUUCGUUAGCAUUACUGGUAGAAAACUAUAUAAGGAAGGUUUUCCUCAGAACAGGUUUGAUAUCAAGCCCGGUUGGAGAUGGGACGGUGUCGAUCGAUCCAACGGUCUUGAGAACAGAUGGUUCAAACGUCAGGCCGAGAUUCAUGAGUCUAAAGUCUCGCACUUCACCACUGCCGAGGAUGUAUAA